AUGAAUUCCAUCUUCUACCUUCUCGCCCUCAUCGCCUGUGUUGCAAACUUUGGAUUCUCACAGGAUCUUCCAGCUCCAGAAGUUCCAGAAAUUCCAGAAGUUCCAGAUGUUGGAGCCAUUACUGAUCAAGUGCAAGUGGAAGCUGUGCUGAAACUGGUGACUGAGCUUUUGGCAACCGUGCUUAAACUUGUGACAUCAUUGGCUUCCUCAGUUGGAGGAGUUGCUGGAGGAGCCACAGGAAGUCUUGGAGCAGUCACCGGAGUAGUGGACGGAGUAACAGGAACAGUUGGAGAUCUUACUGGAGGUCUUGGAGGAGCCACAGGAGGAGCCACCGGAGCUCUCGGAGGAUUAACUGGAACCGUCGGAGGUCUUACUAACGCUCUGGAAGGAGCAACAGGAGGUCUUGGGGGUCUAUCUGGCAUUCUUGGAGGAGCUGCAGGAGGAGCCACCGGAGGUCUCGGAGGAAUUACUGGAAAUGUUGGACAAGUUGCUGGUGCGAUUCCAAAUGUCCCUGCAGUUCCAGCAGUAGGAAUUGCUGCCUAAGCUCUUGAUAAUUUCUAUCGUAUUUUUUGGGAAUAAAUAUAUUGAACAUUGGGAA